AACUCCUAUCUUAUAAGACUAGGAGCUGUAUACACCAUCGACAACCAACAUCAUGGAGAACUAUGAUGAAGAGUACAACCUCUAUUGGGAGACUAAGAUGUUCUUCCAAAAUGAAGAACUGGACAGUUGGGGUUGGGAUGAAACGAUCGGAUACUACGAUUCCAGCUCUCCGGAUGGGGCCGCGUCUUCUGCGACCGCGAAGAACAUUGUGUCAGAGAGAAAUAGAAGAAAGAAGCUCAACGAAAGGCUCUUCGCUCUUCGAGCCGUGGUCCCAAACAUCACUAAGAUGGACAAGGCUUCGAUAAUCAAAGAUGCAAUCGACUACAUUCAAGAGCUUCAUGAUCAAGAAAGGAGAAUCCAGGCAGAGAUUGCUGACCUUGAGGUUGGGAAACAAAAGAAACCAUCUGAUUUCGAAGUGGAUCAUGGCCGUCUAUCGGUGGCCAGGACGAAGAAGAAGAGAACCGAUCAGGGCCGUGAGGUUGAUGGGCCAGGCGGGCCACCAGCGGCGCCAAUUGAGAUCUUAGAACUUAGGGUUUCUGAAGUGGGAGAGAGGACUUCAGUUGUGAGCAUCACAUGCAGUAAGAAGACAGAUACAGUUGUGAGGCUUUGUGAGGUUUUUGAGUCUCUCAAGCUGAAAAUCAUCACAGCCAACAUCACUGCUUUCUCUGGCAGACUUCUCAAGACCGUUUUCGUUGAGGCCGAUGAAUCGGAGAAAGCUCAGCUGAAGGAGAAGAUUGAGAUGGCCAUAGCGGAUCUUGAUGCUCCUAAAAGCACCAUGAACUUUUAAUUGAAGGAAAUGAACCAACGGGAAUUUCUCUUUACUUAGUGUAUAAAUGCUGCUAAGCUUUUUACGUGUGGUAGUCAUGUGGAUGAUGGCCUGUAUUAACAUAAUCUUAUGUAGACCAUUCACACCUCAUUAGGGCUCAUCUGUCCUUAAUAAAUUAACAUGGUGGUGCAUUAUUCUAA